AUUAUAUGCAAAUAAGUGUUCAGAGUUGGAAAGUGCUCUUGUCCUACCCAGGGCCUGACUAUAUCACUACCAUUGGUUAUGAAAAUCCAAAUUCUUCUCUUUCUUUCUGCAGUUAACAGUUUGCGGUGCCUACAGUGUAUUGGAAGUGCCUCCUCCUGCCGUAUGGUGGCCAGGAAAUGUCAAGCCUAUGAAACCACCUGCAUCUCCCUGGCUUAUAGAUCUACAGCUGGAAGCACCACUUCCAAUACCGUGAUGAAGGGUUGCUCAACAAGGGCUUUGUGCAACCAAACAUCUGUCAUCGACACAGGAAAUCGAUCAAUAUAUAUGUCUGCAUCAUGUUGUGAGACAGAUUACUGCAAUAUCAACCGCUACUCAACUAAGGCCGUGUUCUCCAACCGGAUGCAGUGUUACACAUGUAAAAAUAACAACCUCUAUUGUGGCUAUCCAAACCUCGACAAAGUAUUCUGCGAUGGAGUUGACAACUGGUGUGUGGAUGUGCUAACUAAGGAGUAUACUAAUGGUAAGGUGACAGCAAGCGCCUACUCAAAGGGCUGUGGAUCUGGGGAAGCCUGUAACUCGUUACUUGCAUUUGACACAGGAUCCUUCCAGCGCUAUACACAGUACUCGUGCUGCAACAGUCAGACCCUAUGCAAUGAUGCCUACCAGUCUACAACACAAAUCCUCAAUAACAUAAAUGGGAUCACAUGCUGGGCCUGCUUGGACACCGGCAACAAUGAGUGCGAUGUGAAGAACCAAGUCCAGAUCUCAUGUAAAGGCACACUUAUCAGAUGCAUGGAAGCUUAUGACCAGAACCGUAAGGUAGUGAUGAAAGGCUGCAGCACAGUGACUUAUUGCUCUGCCACCUACCCAUCGCUGAAUGUGCCCAACAUCUCGGAGAUACAGUGCUGCGCAGGGAGCAACUGUAACAAUUUCACACAAAUGUCCACCACGAGUGAAAUCAACGGGGCCUGGAGCCCAAGCACAGACGUCAGGCUUCUAAUACUUCUCUUCACCCUGCUCUGUACUCUCUUCUGUAUAGUGGAUCCCAACUAGGCCCAUGUCCACAUUAAAACAAUAAUUAUUUAUAAAGAAGGGGAAGCAGUGGAGACUGUGAGAUACCUACUGAGCUUCCCCAAUCAGUGUUACCAAUACCACCACUUAUGUAUCUUCCCGUGCUGUAUAUCUCAUCUAUAAGAGGUGAUAGUGGUGCCUAUAGAGGUUCAUUCCCAGAAUGGUGAGAACAGCAGAAUCUGGAAAAUUUAAAUUUGCACAGAUGUCUACGUACUUUGACCUCUUCAUGUUGUUGCUCGACUAUAUUAUCUGCUGCGCAGAGACUGAUACAAUCAAAAUUGGACUUGUACAAGCCUAUUUAUAAAGUAAAAUGUGCCCAUUGAUGUCACAUAAGAAGCAGACCUUGUGUUGAAUCACAGCCGUGAUGUACUAAAGCUCAAAUAACCAACACACAGCUUGGAAGAAUGUUGGGAACCAAUUUAUUUAAAGAGCUAGGAUGGCUAUAAGCAAUGACUUCUCCUUACCCUUCUGAUUGGGUUUUUUAGGAAACCUUGGAACUUGGCUUUGGAUAUAAUCCAUUUGAAAACACUAAUAUUCCACCCUGUACCCAGGCUCUCUUCUUACCGCUACAGAACUGACCUACAAUGGGCAACUUUGUCAAGCCCUCAGCCAAAAUAUUGAGCUGUGAACUUCUAGCUGUGUUACAAAACUCCCUUUCAUGGAAGAAAAACUUGUAUGUGGCAUAAGUGACCCUUCUAGAGCCCUUUCCUCCGCUUCAGUAAAUUAUUAUAUGUCUAUAUUUUGAAGUUAGAGGGGUGGUUACCCCUUUAAGUUAAUUUUUCCUUUGUUAUAGAAUGGCCAUAAC